CUCCCCCGGCGGCACGCCCUCACCCUCACACUUCACUCUUCAGGUUCUCAAAAACCCUAGUCUGAUGGAGGGAGGAGACAACAUAUUGGAAGCCAUCUACGAAGAGGAUAACCUAGAAGACAUCGACGAUGUUGAGAUGCUUGAUGUGGAAGAAGGAGAGUUACUGGAUCCUAAUCCACAAAAUGAGAAGGGACUAAGCAGUGGUGGAGAUGUGAAUUUAGUAAGUCCAGGAUCUCAAAAUAAAAACCACAAGCGCAGGGCAAGUAAGAAGAAGAAUAAGAAAAAGAAGGGUGGCACAGGGCCGAAUGUUACAGAUAUAAACAGGUUUGUGUUAGAUACAUGUAGGUUUCUGAAAGAGAAGAAAUCAUAUAUGGUAUAUGCGGCUGUUGGUUGCUUGGGAAUUUCUGCACUAAGUGAUCUCGUCAAGGAGGUGGAUGCGAUUCAAACUUGUGGAGGUCAGAUGACUGCAGAUGGCAGCCGCUCUCGAACUGGUGGUGGCAUAUUAUGGCGCAUCAUUAAAGCACGAGAACCAAAAGCCUAUAAAGUGAUAAUGAAUAAGGCAAAGGAGUUUGAGCAUUGCAUUGUUGCGGACCUGAAAUUAUCGAAGCAAUUCAAACAACCAAGUAUUAGGCAAGGAACAAAGCAAAAGAAAGACGGUGGUUCAGAAGGAACUGCCGAUGCAUUUAUGAAUGGGAAUGCAGUCAGUUUGUCUGAUGGUUCGCAGCUCAUAUCCAAUGUGCAGAAUCAACAAGAGCAGUUGAAUACUGGAAUUAAACGAGUACCUGUUCAUGAUAGGUUAAGGAUACCUGUCUCAUAUGAUGAUGACCUUCUAGGACAAGAUACCAAGGAUGAUGCAGCAACUUGAUUGUUGGCACAAAAUGUUCAAUGCAUUUGGGUGGGGAUGGGCCGUGUUCCUUGGAGGCAACAAUUGAUUUUCCCGUUUGACGGAGGUCACCAGAGUAUUGAUGCGAUCUGAAUUUUCUUUUUAUAAAAUGUGUAAUAGAAUCUCAGUUUAAGAAUUCAUUUCCAAAUCAUUAGUUCUUAAUGUAUUCGUGACUUACAUUUAUUUGUCAUCAUUUUAUAUGCCAAAUCUUGUUAAAGUUGCACGGUAA